UUAGUUAAUUAUUUAUUUUUAGAUUUGGUCAGACGCAUGCUGCGGUAGGUUCCAGCGAGGACAUUAGUGUAGACAACGUCUGCCUAACCUAUGAGUGGAUCAGAGGGUGGUGAGGGUGCAGAUGACGAUAGGAGGUUAACAAGGCUGUCAUCCCUUAGAAUUCCUAGAGUGUUCCAGACCUUACAACCGGGAGAAGAGAGAAGGUUAAGGGCUGAAGCUAGGGCCCGUAAUCUUGAAGCUGCAAGAGAAGCAACAGCAGCUAGAGCUGUAGCAAUGGCUACUUCCGCAGCAUCUGCUGCGAACUCAACUGGUCAAGGGCUAGGCAUGCUGACCAGUUCACAAUCAAUCUCCAGUACGUCAAGGGUUGACACUAGUCAAAUGGCGGGCUCGCAGUUCAGCUCGCCGCCUCCACGCACCCGGGAGCAGAUGGAGCUCCAGCAAGUAGACAAGAUCCGCUUAAGGUUAGAUGAGGAACUUAGAAGGGCUACUAAAAGAGAGAAAGAGAUCGAAGAAAGAAGUGUCAGAUUAGAGGGCAGGGAGGCAGACAUGGCUGCGCUAGAGGCAUUGGAGGACUCCGCAUUUAACACUUCAGGAAAGAUCCUGAAGGCAAGUGUCCUAUCCAUGCAUGCGUACAUAGAUAGCAAAAUGGACGCAAUGCAGGAUACUCUAGACCAUAUUCUGCAAGCGCUGCAUAAGCUAGGGAUCCGGCCAACAACUAUACCAUCGCUGCCACUCUCAGCGAUGACAGACCUCUAUGCAGCUCAAUCAGGACCACCACCAAGUGUAUCAUCAACAGUAGCUCUAUCUCAGAUUGUUGCUUCUUCAUCUUCUGGUCCAGCGACUGUUGCUACACCGCAGUCGCCAUCUGUCUUGCAACCGGGACAACAAUAUCCUUGGUACCCCAAGACCCCACUGAACCCACCUGCAACCUUCUCAGGAGACAAGAAGGAUGAGGCUCUCGACACAUGGUUGAGAACGGUGCCAGUGUGGGUGAGGGCGAAAAGGGCAUUGGUAGAAGAGGAAGUGAUUACUGGUUCAUCCUACUUAGAGGGUUCAGCAGCCCGCUGGUUAAAUGGAUUGGUAGCUUCAAAGGGCUUCGGCAGGAACAUGCAUGAUUGGGCGCAUACCCACACAUUAGAAAGCUUUAUGGACUUAGUGGAGGCUCAUUGGCACAACCCUCAGGAGGCACAAAUUGCCACUGAUGGGCUCUUGAAACUUGAUACUAGAAAGUACAAGUCUGUGCGAGAACUCACCACAGCCGUAGAACGCCUGAUCGUCGUCCCGGGAGUGGAGUACAAUCCACAGGUCUUGCUGACCAUGUUCCUGAGAUGUCUUCCCACAGACAUUAGGAAUCUAUUAGCCAGCGAGGCUCGCAAAGAGUAUCACACAUUUGAGUCAUUCAACAAGAAGGCCCUAGACUUAGAGGCUACUUUGGGUGGAGCUCAAACCCCUUCUACGGAUGGGAGAAAGAAGAAGACUCUACAAGAGUGGAAAAAGAAGGGUAGUCGAUUGAUGAUGGUUGAUUCCGAUGGGAAUCAAACUGAGAUCGAUGAUGUUUCUGAACUUGUGGCGGGUUCAGAGUUUGACGGCGAGGAGAGUGAUGAGGGUAGCAACCUUGCCGCCGUAGUCAAGACUAAGGCCGCUGGCCGCGGCAAGGGCGGUCAACAAAGGAGUCAGGGGCAGGCCGCUAACCCAAACAAAAUAGUUGCUUGGGUUAGAGCAGGUCUGGAUCAAGAAGUGUGGCGGGACCGUUGGUCUCGUGGUGUUUGUAUUAACUGCAAUUACCUAGGUGCGCUGAUUUCUGAGUUUGGUUUGUCUGAGGACGUGACUCGAUCGUUGGAAGAAGCCUACAAGGAAGAUCCCAUCACGAUGGACAUCAUCAACAAACUACAGGCUAAAGACAAGGCCACCACUGAUGAGUUUGUGAUGGUGGAUGGGUUGCUCUUUCUUGAGAAGGCAGGGUUCAAAAGUGCUAAUCUAGUACAGCGAUUCCGGUGGCCUAACAUGCUUGACGAUGUGAAGAAGUACGUGGAGACCUGUCGGGUCUGUCAGCGGGACAAGCCGCGAACUCAAGCUCCGCUUGGGUUACUCAAGCCUUUACCCAUUCCUGCUGGCCCAGGUCAGAGUAUCUCCAUGGACUUCAUGGAUACUCUCGUGACCAGCAAAAAUGGCAAGAGGCACAUUUUCUUCGUAGUGGACAGGUUCACUAAGUACGCUAGACUAAUCGCCGUGCCAGAGAUUGCCAGGACUGAGCACGUCAUCAAGUUGUUCAUAGACAACUGGGCGCGUGACUUUGGACUUCCAAAGACGAUCGUUAGUGACAGAGAUGUGAGAUUCACAAGCGAGAUGUGGAAGAAGGCCGCUGAACAGAUGGCCAGCCAGCUUCAAAUGACUUCUGGGAAUCAUCCCGAAGCAAAUGGGCAGGCUGAACAGAUGAACCGAGUGGUGCAGCAUCUGCUGAGGUAUUACAUUAAGCCCAACCAGGAUGACUGGGAUAAGAAAUUACCUCUCAUCGCCAGCCUGUAUAAUAAUGCUGUACACAACACCACCGGUGUCAGUCCUAAUCAACUGCAUCUCGGGUGGAAACCUAGAUCUGCUCUAGACUUCCUCCUGCGUGAAAACCGAACUGCUGCAACUCCUGGAACCAUUGAAUUUGGUGUCCAGUAUGAGAAACUGUUGCAGCAGACUGUCGAACAUAUCAAGAAAUCUCAAGAAGCCAUGAUAGCUUCUGAGAACAAGCAUCGCCGACAGUCCACAUUUCAGGUAGGGGAACGUGUCUGGGUCAAGGCUAGUGAAUUGGGACAGGAGUUUGGCAUCUCUAGGAAACUAAUGCCUCAGUAUUUCGGUCCCUGGGAAGUCUUGGACAUUGUGGGGAAUGAUAUGGAUGGUCCCUCGUACGUCAUUCGUAUCCCUGGUCACUUACGCACUUACCCUGUUUUUCAUGCCUCCAAGCUUGCACCUUUCGCUGAGACAGCACAGUUCCCAUCACGGAGAUCUAUGCUGCCCCCAACCAUGGAUGGCCAUGUGGACGUCGACGAUAUCCUGGAUCACAGAGACACGCCUGUUCCUAAGCCACCUGGCAGGGGAAGACCUCCCAAACCUGCGAGGGAAUACAGAGUACAUUUCAGGCAUCAGACGGAUCCAAAGGAAGAUCGAUGGAUCCCAAGAGAGAAACUAGUCAAGACAGCUCCUCAGAUCGUGGCAGAUUAUCUGAAGAGGUUAAAAGGGAAGGCACCAGCAUGAAGAGCAUCUCAGCGGACUUUCGAAGCUAAGGGGGAUGGAAUGUGAGGAACAAGCCCUCAAGUGGCCCUAUGAGACAUC